AUGAGUAGCAACAAGAUUAAUAAAGGGGGUUUCAUUGAAAUUGGAAAUUUAUGGAGAGGAAAAGAUAAUGUAUCUUCACUCCAUCGUAAUGCUGAAAAGAUAUGUGAGGAUUUGAUGAACCAACCGCAGCAUAUAUCAAGGCGAUUCGACAACUUCAAUGCUGAACAAGUUGCAACAAAUCGUCUUCGGUUAAUAGCUCACAUACUUGUGGUGCGAUUGCUUGCACUCCAAGGGAAUCCAUUUAGAGGCCACGAUGAGAAAUCUAGUUCGUCCAAUCGUGGCAAUUUUCUUGAAUUUUUGGAUGUGUUGGCCAUAGAGAAUGACGAACUUUCAAAGGCAAUUGCGAAAGCUCCCAAAAAUGCCAAAUAUACAAGUCAUGAUAUUCAAAAACAAAUACUUCAUGUGUUUUCAGUGAGAUUGAAAAAUACAAUUCGUGAAGAAAUUGGAGUUGCCAAGAAUUGCAUUAUUGUUGAUGAAGCCCGUGAUGAGUCAAAAAAAGAGCAAAUGUCUAUUGUGUUGCGGUUUGUGGACACUAAUGGAUUCAUUCAAGAACGUUUUUUUGGGCUUGUUCAUGUUUCCAAUACUGCAGCUUUGACUUUAAAGAACGCCAUAUAUUCUGCUUUGGCUCAUUACAAUUUGGAUGUUCAAAAUAUUAGAGGUCAAGGUUACGAUGGGGCCAAUAAUAUGAGGGGUGAAUUCAAUGGAUUGCAAGCUUUGAUUAUGAAAGAUUGUAAGACUGCUUACUAUGUUCAUUGCUUUGCUCAUCGGCUACAGUUGGCUCUUGUUGCGGCAACAAAAAAUCUGACUCUCAUUCAUAUGUUUUUUGAUAAUAAAUUAAUUUCUAUAGUUAAUAUGGUUGGUGCUUCUUGCAAGCGUAAUGAUGAAUUGAAGAAAGCUCACGCGGAUGACAUUGCCCAUUUGAUUUCUAUUAAUGAGCUCGAGACAGGGCCUGGACUUAAUCAGAUCGGCACUUUACAACAAGCUGCUGAUACGCGUUGGAGUUCUCAUUUCAGAUCAUUAUCAAGUUUGAUCAGGAUGUUCAGUGCAGCAUGUACGACGUUGCUCAAAGUUAUGGAGGAUGGGCUUCCUUCCCAACAAGCCGAUGCAAUAUCUGUUUAUGAUGAAAUGACUUCGUUCGAUUUUGUAUUUAUCUUACAUCUAAUGAGUGAGAUUAUGGGGAUCACAUAUUUUCUUUGUCAGACUUUACAAAGGAAGUCUCAAGACAUUUCGAAUGCAAUGGAUCUUGUGUCAUCUACAAAGAUUACUACAAGAGUUAAGGGAUGA